UUUAGGUACAAAAUCUCGCCGCCUACUAUGGGCCGCAUAGACGUACAGCGAACCACAAAGUGGUUGCUUACAUACAAGUUGCCUGGCUCCCGAGGGACCAAUGGUACCUACCCAGGUAUAUAAGAUGAGGCUGCCACUUUAAAACGCAAAUUACCCCUCUUCUUCAUUCUCUUGUACCUUUCUUUAUCUUCGUUACCGUCUUUAUAUGAUCAUCAAUAACUCUAGUUGAAAACGAAUACAUCGUGUCGAGAUGGAAGCCCCGAUAAACGAUGGUUCCGAGAAGUUUUUGGAUGUUCCCUACGACCAAAGAUGGGAAUUACUUAAACCAACUAUUGUACGGAUUUAUAUGGAAGAAAAUAACAAGAUCGCUCGCGUCGCGGAACGAAUGAAGGGCGAAUAUAGUUUCGAUGCCCAAGUCCAUCAAUAUCGAUAUCAAUUCAAAAAGUGGGAAAUUAAGAAGAGGAUUACCACAGAAGAGAAGGGCGCCGUCAUCACUACCCUUGGGAAACGACGUCGGGAAGAUGGGGCAAGUACAUCCAAUGUGACAAUAAACCAAGGCGGGUACCAGAAAGAGGUAGACAAAAAACAAUUGAAAAGAUAUAUCAAUCAGAGUACCCGACAAUCCCAGCUGUUGACUUGGAGUCCAGGACUGUUCCUUCGACGCGAUCUCCCAUACGCAGCGUUAGUUGGAAAGAUUUCUGGACAGAACCAACUAUCGCCUCCCAGUGGUGGUCCUAUCACUCCAGACUACUUAACCGUCGUUAGCCCACAAGCGGGUGGUUCCCCUUCGGAACCACAAAAUGUCUUGUCACCAACUAUGCAAUUGAUUAGAAAGAAAGUAUUAUUGGAUAGAGCAAGACUGUUCCUUGAUGGCAGAGAACAGGAACUGAUGGCAGGGAUGAGCCGAGAUGAAAAGAAGUCUGCCGCGACAUGGCUUCAUGAUUUAUGGAUGUAUUCAUUCAUAACUGCUAAAUACUGGGGUAGGGGCCCGAAGGCUUGGACCCUGCCUCUAAUUAAUUUCAAAUCAUUCGGUUGCCAUCCUGUUCCGUCCACUCCGGACAAUAUUAACCUGGAUUCUAUGUCUGGCUCUUCACCGACAACUAUCAACAUCGGGUUACAAUCCCGGGAACCAACGCAGCUCUGUCGAUGGACCAUUCAUUAUAAAGAAGAGGUAAAAUACGAACGCACCCCGUCCCCUCCUCUGGCCAUGGAUGACGAGUUUGAAGAGAAAUUUGAUGUCGAUGAUGAGUCCACGUGGAGUGUAUGGCGUGCGACAGGGCCCCUUCACGACCUCUCGGGUGCGAUUACCCAAGCGCUCCAGCAGAAUACGUUCUCUGCGAUCCAACCUGAGGAUCUGCCUCUAGCUGCGGACUCACUUACAAAAGCGAUAGAAAGAUCUCCCGACGAAUUGCGUGCCGAGACCUUUGGUUUCGCCAUCAUGUCGCGUAAUAUGCCUGUUCUUGAUGAAAUAUUCGAAUACUAUAAGGGAGACGUUCCGGAAUGUUUCUCAACAAUAUUUCCCUUCCAUCUAGCCGCAAGGUUCUUAGAUGGGGGGAAAUCUUGCUGUUUAGUGAUGAGCGAUCUAGUGAAUGGUUUGGGAGGUUCAAACUCAAUUGCAGUUAACUACGUCGAUAACCUCGGUUUAACUGUGCUGGACGCUUUAUUUGUUUCCAUUCUCCGAUCGCAUAGCAAAACUACCCUCACGUCAUUGGGCGACGCAUUCAUUGGCCAAACUCGAUACCAUGGAGAGGAGGUCGACCCUUGCGGUAGAUGGGAUGCGGACUCUCCGUGUGUGCGGCGCCUGUAUGCUUUGGGGAAAGCAGCAAUUCCGUCUCAGUGGAAGCACAUGUUCUGCCAUACGUCCGUUCAAGCUGUUUGUCAUAAUUUAUCUGCGAUAUUCAUGACUCCAAUGAGACCGAACAUCAAUACACCUAGCGGGUUAUUUGCGAGACGUUGUGGCCAUUGUGGAUUGGAAUUAAAACCCGGUCCGCUUCAUGCAUUAGUACUGACAGCAUUCCAUUUAGCUAGUAGUGGCAUGCCAGGCGAAAAUUUAUUCGGCAUGGUAUCUUGUCUUGUCUGCUUAUUAACACUCCGUGCAGAUCCAUGCGUCACAGCGGAAGUCUCAUUUUUUGCACUACUAGGUCAAGAUGCAGAUGAAUGUCAACAUCCGCCUAUGAAUGCAACUGAGUUAGCAUCACAAGUCCCCUCGCAAAUCUUGGAGUCGUGGAGUGUGGAAGCAAGACUGGGUUGGGAGGUUUUAAAUACUAUCAUGCGGCACGACAUAGAUAAACGCCGGAGAGGGUCUGAUAUAACUAAAGAAUACGAAUGGCGCCGGGGGGUUAUGGACCGCACACACUUUCUAGAGGUUGUGUCACACCCAAAAAUAAUAUAUUAUGGGAAUCGAAAGCUUGGGCUAAUCUGGGCGGCAAUGCAAGCCGAGCUAUUGACAUACCGUCGUCUAGAAGUACAGGACUCCUGGCUAUCCCCUCGUUUUGAUAUGAUGCUUCUUCUUAGAGGACUAACAAGUGAUGACGAUGAAUAUCUCGUUGCGUUAGGCCGGGGUGAUGCAGACGCCGGCGAAGAUCGGUUACAACGAUAUUCGCUUUGCGGACUUUUCUACGAUACGGAUAAUCCAGGAUGUGCUAGGAGGGAAGAGGUUUGUAAGUCAUACUAUGCCAACCUCGAUGAUUGGAAGCGUAGUGCAUUUAUUAGGGCGCAGGAAUUCGAUUAUGGAUUCGAUUAUAGAUUCGAUUAUAGAUUCGAUUAUUAGAUACUAGUUAUUAUCGCUAGUCUUGUCUGGGAGGAGGCUACAUCGUGAAGAGUCUGCGUUAGGUCAGGCACCGCAAGGGCUAC